AGGCCAGCCGAAGGUGCACCGAAGCUGUUCUGUAGGCCCAAGUCUGAGAGUUUCGGACCGCGAAGCUAGUUGGAGGAGAAUAAAGUCAUUGCAGUCGGUAAUUCUCUCUCCUUUCUAGACAGUGCGGCGUCGCUGGUGUCAAGAACGCCAUAGCGAUGGUUUCCCUUAAGCUCCAGAAGCGGCUUGCCGCAAGCGUGCUGAAGUGUGGCAAGAAGAAAAUAUGGCUGGAUCCCAACGAAGUGAACGAGAUUUCUAUGGCCAAUUCAAGGCAAAAUAUUCGGAAGCUGGUUAAGGAUGGCUUCGUGAUCAGGAAGCCGCAGAAGAUCCAUUCGAGAGCGCGUGCUCGCCGGGCUAUGGAAGCAAAGCGAAAGGGACGGCAUACUGGAUACGGUAAGAGAAGGGGAACUCGCGAGGCCAGGCUUCCUACGAAAGUUCUCUGGAUGCGGAGGAUGCGUGUGCUGAGGAGGCUCCUUCGUAAGUAUCGUGAUGCCAAGAAGAUCGACAAACACAUGUACCAUGACAUGUACAUGAAGGUGAAGGGUAAUGUGUUCAAGAAUAAGCGUGUGCUGAUGGAGAGCAUCCAUAAGUCCAAGGCAGAGAAGGCUCGUGAGAGGACUUUGUCCGACCAGUUCGAGGCACGCCGUGCGAAGAGCAAGGCUACAAGGGAACGCAAGAUUGCCAGAAGAGAGGAGCGGCUGGCACAGGGCCUGUCUGGAGUGAAGGUGCCCGAAGCUGCCCCGCCACCCCCAGAGCCAACGUCUGUGCCGAAGAAGAAGAAAGGAAAGGAGUAGAGGUUCGGCGUGUGCGGCGAGGCGUCUACGGUAAUUGCGGCGUGUGCGGCGAGGGCGGGAAACGCGUGACAGAUGCGAAUUUUCAGUUUGUGUACAUUGAGGUCGUUUUUCUCCGUUGUGUCGGUGGAGUAGAGCUGUUCGUCCUCUCGCUAUCCUGUUGUCUUCUGGCAAAGGACCAGUCGUAGGGAAGAAGGGCUUCAUGCAUACGGUCGGUCGUUGUGUUUGUUAAUCUGCCAAGGAUAUGAAAGUGGAAGCACACCUUUAUUCAGUUGUUGAGAGUAACAAGCGUAUUUUUGCUCCCUUUCGCCUCUAUGCAGUCUGGUUCUUGCGAGUCGGUCGAUUUUCGCUGCUUUGUUUUCGUGGUCUCUGAAUCUGUGAUGGGCGUGUCAUUCGUCCUCUCCCUCUUUGUUGUUGCGAUUGACGUAACGGACUUUGGGUUGGGUCGUACAGAUUUGAUGAAUUGAACACAAUUGUGUCACGAUGUCAGUCUUUUUGUUGGACUCCUGUGAAAGUGGAAGCAUACCUUUAUUCAGUCGUUGCGAGUAACAAGCACCGUUUUGCUCCCUUUCCCCUUUCUGUAGUCUGUUUCUUGGGAGUCGGUCGCUUUUCGCUUGUUUGUUUUCGUCCAUUCUGAAGCUGUGAUGAGCGUGUUAUAUGUCCUCUCGCUCUUUUUGUUGUUUCGAAUGACGGAGCGAACUUUGGGCUGGGUUGGGUCGUACACAUUUUUGAUGAAACGAACACAAUCCCGUCAAAAGUCGCAAGAUUUGUGCUGGACACAUGAAAGGUGACUAUUCUUAACUCUCUCACUGGAUGUGCCAGUCUGAUGAAAUCGAUUACACCCCGUUUUCAUUUCUCGAGUAACUGGUCUCCAGAUAAUCAACGUCGAAGUCGUUGAUUCUCCAGUCCUCUCGCACCUCCGUUGCAGCUGUAACCGCUGUAUUUGUGGGGACUUUGCCUCCAUGCAGAGAUAAUCAACGUCCGUACAAUUG